AUUGUACAUGUACAUGACAUACGUGCUCUGAGUACCAUUUUUGUGAAAAGUAGGCGUCGAGCAAACUGAAAUGGCGGAUAACGAAGAGAUUUCAGAAGUGGAAAAGGUUCGCAUUGCGUCAUCUUUCUUCAGGCAUGUACCACCAGGAGAAUUCAAUGAAGUUUUUCACUCUGUUCGCAUUCUGUUGAAAGACGACACUUUAUUAAAGGAAAAGGUUGCCGACGCAUUUGCUCAGUAUAACAAUGAGCAACUCACCCCGUGCAAAGUUGAAAAUGACACGGUUCUCAUCACAGAAUUCGGUCACCUUGGAGCCAACCGUUACCUUGCACCCAAUCUCAAAAAGUCUUUCAAAUAUGACCAUUUGAGGAAAGAGGCCUUGGAUAUUGACAGCUGCGCUGUAGAUGAAGCUUCGGAACCGUGGCGUGCAGCACUAGACAAGGCUGUGGCUGCUCAUGUUAAAGAACAUUUUGCAGAUGGAUUCCACACAGUAUACGGCAGAAGUCAUGGGGACUCUAUCACAUUGAUUGUUUGUAUCGAAGACCACAAAUUUAGUCCACGUAAUUUCUGGAAUGGGCGUUGGCGGUCACAAUUCUCUGUGACUUUCUCUGGGGCAGGGAGUAAGGUAGAAGCUCGAGGUGUCAUGAAGGCCCAAGUCCAUUACUACGAAGAUGGAAACGUUCAGUUAGUAAGUCACAAGGAAGUCAAGGAGCAGAUCUCGAUAUCGGAUGAGGAGUCAACAGCAAAAACCAUCCUCAAGUUUAUUGCAAAGAGUGAGAAUGAUUACCAGGCAGCCAUGGGGGACGACUACAGAGUCAUGUCCGAAACCACCUUUAAGGCUCUCCGACGUCAACUUCCAGUUACACGUUCCAAGAUCGAUUGGAACAAAAUCAGCGAUUACAAAUUAGGGCAGGAGCUGAAAGGGGCCGAGGCAGAGUAGGAAAUGCCUCCACACCAAAAAGAAUAAUAAUGCCAUAAUCUCAACUGUUAUUAUUGAGCAAUGAGGAAUACUUAUAUAUACUAUGAUCUAAUUUACUCUGACUUGUUUUUUUUGCUAUAAAUAAAUGUGAGCAUCAAAAGAGAACUUCAUUAAAUGGUAAGUAGAACUAGAAAUAGCCCUGAAUCUACAGCAGCCUCCUGACAAUUAUGUUUUACUUCUGGCACAAGGCUUUUUUUUUACUGAUAAAAAAAUUUCAAAAAGUUAUCUUCCGAGGAAAGUGAGGUUGAUGGUUCAAAUCCCACUAUAGUAACUUUGUCUUAGUUCAACCAAAGAUUAGAAGACAUUUUGCUCAAUGUCAAAGCUCUGCUUGUUGAUGAAUUCUGCGCUUGUGAUCACCAUUAUUCGCUUACUAGGCGAGCGCCAAUAUUUCUGCACUAGCUGUGUAAUAGAGAAUGCCUAGCUAGUAACGUGGAAAUGGCCCAAGCACGUGCAAAACUCUCUGCUAUCUGGUGAAAUUAUGCUUGACAUAAGGGCAGAAUUCCCUGCUUCCACAAGUGGUUAUUUUAUUUUUGCUAGCGGUAAACAGAGCCACAAAAUGGUGGCCUAGAUUUGUUUUUCUCAUAAUAAAACCAUGGUUUUCAACUUCAUUCUCCUUCCACUUAGAGAAUUUUUGUAAGGAUAAGAGACGCUUUCAUGGGACCACAUAAGUCAUGUAAUAACUCAGGUGAAAGAUUUUCCUGUUGUGUGCUGUUUUAAUUUUUGUAACACAUGACGGUCUUUCAGAGUUUGGACGUGGGUUCAUGUUUCAAGAGUUGGAUGUGAUCUAUACAUAUUGCCAGUUUUGAAGAAAAGACAGCUCUUUCAGUCUAAAAUGGCCAAAGAUUUUCCAUCAAAUAGAAAAUGAACAUAAUUGACACAUCAAAAUUUGACUACAAUAUUACAUUUUUUUAUUGACAAGUUACUGUCUGGACCUCAAUUUUAUGCGCCACUAGCCAACUGCAAACAAGACUGGCUACUCGGAAGAAAAUGAACGCUUCCUAUUUUGAUUUAUAACUUGGUAAAGGAAGUCCGUCUGAAAAAAAAUCUGAAAUGAAAUUUGGGAUUUUCAUAACAAGAAAAACUAAAUUAUGGUUGGAAUCGGGCCAUAUAGAAUGCUAUAUUUAUUGCUGCUUCUCAUACCAUUGCAUGUCCUACUUAUACCACUUUCAAUAACAAAAUGUUUAUUGAUACCACUAGUUUGUAAAUAGAUAAGAACCAUUUGUCAACUUUUUAACAACAAGCUCAGUAAUUGAUACAAAAUUUGUGUUUAAAUCCUUACUUUUAUUAUUCAAAUCAUAAAGUAGCUUUAUAAGCCGGUUUCUCGAGUUAGCAAAGUUGUUUACCCGGAUUGUGUAAAUCAACUUUCCCUUUCAAGGAAAAUAUAAAUAAAAGUUAAAAUCACAUAAAAACAUGUAAUCUUUAAUUAUCAAUCUAAGAAAGUAAAACUUAGCGAGUUUCAGCUUUUACCUGGAAACUUGUGUCUUUGUUGAUUGCAAGUGUUUAGAUUAUUAUUCCUGAAGUGUUUGGGCUAAUUUAAUUCCUUAGUGAUCACAUAAUUUAAGCGGUGUUAUUUUUCCCCCUUUUGUUAUAGUUUUGAAAAAAUCUUUUUGGGAAAAUGUUAUUGUAGUUGUUUCAAUAUCUUGCUAACAUUAAUCAGAUUUUUUCCGCCAUCACACAUUCUGCAAAAAGCUUGAACCAUUUUUGUUCAAUUUUGAAAGAAAUAAUUGUUUUAAUAAAUAUCGGAUAUUGAUAUUGACAUCAGUCAUUCCUAUUGAUGGAUACAGAAUGAAACCAUCAUUUGUAAACUCAGCUUACAGUAGGUGUUUGAAUUUUUUUUACCAAUAAUCCAUUGCAUUGAUCACACAGAACUCAAAUUAUAGAGCUGCAUUAGCAGAUAAUUUUUCUUAACAAGUUUCUGCUAAGCAAAAAUGUUUUGUCAAGAAAAUGUUUGUAAUACUAAUAUUGAAACUUGAUGAGAAAUGACGAAUCAACGGAAAAUCUUAAACCCAAGUUCAUUUUGUACUGAUACUCUUUUUCUCAUUAAGUAAAUAGAGGGUUAGUUUGGGGUAAAGGCGUUUAAUGGGGCAUGAAUGUUAUCAAACGCCAGUUUUUCUGUGAUGUUCAGUUUAUCAACUUCCCCUUACCUCGCCUGCAAAUGUCUAUGUUAUGGAAGUUUUACUAUAAAUGAUCAUCUGCAAUCUUGUUUUUGUAAUAAACACGCAAAAGUUAUGGAAAUAAACCAGAAUCAUAUUGGUACACAUGA